UAUUGACGUACUGAAAUCGCGAAAUAUCAAAAAAAUCAUCAAAAAUCCUCAAAAUUCAACAAAAAAAUGGAGAAAAAUAAAUGUAUUGAAAGUCUGAAGCUUUUAAAAGACGGCACCGAUAAAGAUUUGCAAAAAUCCUUACAAAAUUUGGAUGAUUUGAUGAUAAAGCUCCGUCACAUUGGCAUUUUACUCUCGGGACCUGCAGAAAAUGACAAAAUUCUCGAAAAAAACGAGCAGGAAUUGACUGACGAUCUGUAUUUGAUCAAACAAUUGCUGAUAAAUUUCAAUCGUCAAUGCGAAACGCGAAUUCCUGACCUGAAGUCGACCAAAAUUUUCAUUGAUGACAACAAAAUGAUCAAUUUUCCGCGGUAUCCGAUGCCGGAUUUCACAAAAUAUUUGCCGGGAUAUGAGAUCGAAGGAGGCAUUUCCUUCCUCAAAGACUAUCAAAAUGGAAUUUUUUUCAUGAUAGAUCAAGAAAGAAAGGCUGGAUUUGAGAAUAUUUACAAAUUAUUGCAGCAGAAGAAGGAUCUCGUGCGUAUUUCUGAUGUUAAAACGUUGGAAUCGGGCGAUUUGGUGGCUGUUUAUGUCGAAGAGCAGAUGACAAGAGCUUUAGUUGAAGUCAACCAUCUCGGAAUUUCUCUUUUUAUGUUCGACUUGGGCGAAGAGUGUCCCUUGGAAGAGGAUUUUGAGUUAUAUGAGAUGGCAGAAUACUACAAACACUUGCCAGCUCAAGCGAUUUUGUGUAAAUUGUCGCAUUUACCAUCGAAAUCUGUCACGAAAAAAUGGUUUCAUCAAAAUUUGUAUCGCACAGUGAAGGUAAAAGUCGUUGGAACGGAAUACAAUACCCUUCUCGUGUCUGUUUUGCAUCCCGAAAUGGAAGAAAUUGUCGAUUCUGACUCAGCUUCCGUUCUCACGAGUGUCACGCAAUACUCCAACACGAACCCGUUCGUCUCUGACUUGGCUAAAGAUGAUCUCAAGCGCUUAAACGACUUCAAUAACGACGAAAUGAAGGAAUUUAUGAACGACGAGGUCACAAGUACAAGUAAUGCGAUGGUUGCUGUGCUCGGAUACGAUCCAAAAGACGAGGCACGUUACUGCAAACACUUUGACGAGACAACUGGCGGCUGUUUCAAAGGUGUCAAUUGUCAUUUGAUACAUCAGAAGCCUCUUGCGGAUGGCUGGACACGCGAUAAAGUCGAAACGUACGUCGAUAUUCCGGAAAAAAUCCCCUUGCCAAUCGCACAUGAACAAAUUUUGAUCGAAAUGAGCGUCGUUGAGGACAUUCAUCUCUUUUACGGGUACAUUUUGACUGAAAAAUUCCAUAGAAGCACUGCCAUGAGCUUGAAUGAGUUGAAUUUGGAGAUCAAUCGAGCGGAUAAACUUCGAAAGUACAAAAGUUUCACAAAAAUUUUGCCUUGCGUCAAUGAACUCGUGUUAGCCCCGUACCUCGACUCAUAUUAUCGUGCAAGAGUCGUUUCCGUUGAUCAUAACUCCGUAGAAGUAUUUUUCGUCGAUUAUGGCAACUAUGCAUCGUCUCCAAUUAAGGAUUUGUACUGUUGGGAACCGCAAUUCGGUCAAAUUCCGUUUCAAGCAAUGUUUUUCCAAGUUGCUGGAAUUCAACCCAUUAAGGCAACGCCGAAAUCCGUUCGAGUUGAUGAGCUUUUUAGACAUCUUACCAAGCGGAAAGUGACGGCAGUUGUCUUAGCUAAUCAACCGAACAUUUUAGUGCGAGUAUUUUUGAACAGCACUACCGAACUGACUGAUAUCUUGAAAACUUCGGGACUUGCUGACGUUUGCGAUAACAACUACUAUCACAAAGAGCCUUCUAUAGUUCCCGUUUAACGAAUUUUUGACGAAUUUUCUUUAUGUAUACCUUAAAAAUACAAAAAUUUAUUAAUUUCGAUUUAGCUAACACACGAAAGUUCCUUAAAAUAACUUUAUAGAAUUAACGAAGAAUUAAACAAUGGCGUACUGCUCAUACAACAA